GCAGUGGUAGUGAAAGACUGUUUUUUAUGUCAUUUAUUCGAUAAAUAGCUGUAAUAAAAGCCCACAAAUAAUAAACUGUAAGUACAACGACAAAAUAGCACAUUCCUUCUUCUUGACAAAAUUUUAAAUGAGAACAAUGAGCUCGCCCCACGUUGCAUUUCGGGCACAAUUCGGCGCUUUUGGACCGGUCCAGGUUUUUCCGGGCUGUUACAGACGAAAACCCUGAAGAAAAUCCCCUGCGACCACCCUCACAUGUACGCCGUUUUAGGCGAGUCAGCACCCUCGUUACAUUUUAAUAUGGCUGUUUUCAGGUAAAUUAGGCUAUACCUUCGACACAUGCUGUCUUAAAACCUUUGCUGAAUGAACAUGGUUAAUAAAGGCCUAUGCAUAGUUAUACUGUGAUUCGCUUUUUCAAGCUACAUUAAAUGUUUAAGUUAAAGGUGGCAUACUAAUUAUACUAUAACAGCAUAUUCAAAAGUUUUUCCUGAAUGCUUAUUUUAUUUUUUAGCAUUAUGCGCGAUUUCACAGUUUCAGUUAAAACAUUGUUUAAAUAAAUCUUUCUUUUAGUACAACGUUCUUAUUGAGAAUUAAAAAAAUGCUCAAAAAUCAGGUGCGAAAUUUAGAAAACUUGGUGAGGCGAAUAAAUAAAGAGGAUCUGUGGAGGAAAGCAUACAGGGCAAUGAAAUUUGUAUGGCCAUUGAUUAAAAAAUUCGUAUCGCAAUUCUUAUUGGAAAAUCUUAAUAAUUCAUAUGAAAAUUUGUAUAAGUCUUUAAAAAAGAUGACUUCUAAAACUGCGAUAACAAAGGCUUGUCGCUGUUUCUUUCCAAGAUUUUUUUCAACUACACCUGUCACUGGUCGACUAAAAGCUGAAUGGCGUGUGGACAGAAGACCAGCCGAUACACGAUUGUCAGCAGAAGAUGUUAUAGAAGAAAGAAAAGCUUUUGGUGGUUAUAAAAAAUGGAAAGCUGUAAAUAUAAGCAAAGGAAAAUAUGUACUAGAAUCACAAGGAAUUGAAAAAUGUCUCCCUAUAUUGGAUGUUCUUUAUAGUGCUGCUGGAAAAAAGUACAGCGAAGAAAAAAUAAUGGUAAAGGGAGCUUAUAUUUUAGUUGAUGCAUCAGAUAUUAAAGAUGAUUUAAACAUCGACUCACUGUUGGAUGCUUCGAAAGACUCAGACAUGAGUGAUGUAGAAGACACAGUUAAAGCUAAUGUUAUUGAUUUGUUAAACAGCAAGAAACUUAUUGCAAGAAUUACAUCUCGUCCAGGUCAAGUUGGGAAUUGCGAUGGUGUUAUUGUUGAAGGAAAAGAAUUAAUAGAUAUGAUAAGUAAACUUGGAAAUAAUAUAUAGUCUGAAGUUUUAGGUUAUUACAAAUUUGUAGGUCUUCUUUUUUAUAAAAAAAUCAGUUAUUUAAGAUA